AUGGUGAGAAAGAUUUGCUCUGUUCCAAACCAAAUUGAAGAUUCGGCCGAUAAGACAUUCACCUCCGGUGUCGGCUUAGUUGUUGCCGUGCUCAAACCAAAUAUUGAAGAAGAUUCCGAGCUCAAGAUCGGGAAGAAAGUCGACCUGUUAAUUCAAGUUAACCACAGCGAUUGGGAUCCCAUUGAUCGCUUGGUCAAAACCUUCAACGUCAAAUAUAUUGUUCCCGCCAAUCCGAAGUUAGUGAACACCCACAUCAUGAUUCGGGUUGGCAGGGAAUUUACUUUUGAUGGAUAUUUAUCUGGAUGGGACUUGAAAGAGCGUAUGGCCAUAAUCACAGUCCUCGGGUUCAGUCCCAUUAACAUGGGCGCUUCAUCUCCAAAUCAGAAGACCAAUCCUUAUUCACCUAAAUCCAGCCCUGGGAACAAGGGUCGAAGAUUUAUAACCUUUGAAGAACAUGAACCGAAGACUGCACAAGCAUCAACGGAGAGCAGCGGCAGUAACGCAGAAGCAAAUCAUACCGCGAUUCCUUUUCCGUCAACUUCUCAAUCUUCAAGCGGAGCGGCUUUGGGGAGAGAAGAUUUCGAACCAGAACCCAUCGCAGGAAUAGGCUUGAACGCAAAAGGCAAGAACAAAGCUGUAGAGUUCUCCACACCGCCUAAAAAAAGGCGCGGGGCCCCUGGGUCCAACUCUUGA